AUGGAGACACCACGGCAACACGGUAUUGUCAUGGAUAUCAGGGAGUGGUUGUGUGUUGGGUUGUUGGUGGAGAUGGGAGGAGACUCGCACACGGCAGCGGCACAGUCCCGGCAGCGGCACAGUCCCGGCAGCGGCACAGUCCCGGCAGCGGCACAGUCCCGGCAGCGGCACAGUCCCGGCAGCGGCACAGUCCCGGCAGCGGCACAGUCCCGGCAGCGGCACAGUCCCGGCAGCGGCACAGUCCCGGCAGCGGCACAGUCCCGGCAGCGGCACAGUCCCGGCAGCGGCACAGUCCCGGCAGCGGCACAGUCCCGGCAGCGGCACAGUCCCGGCAGCAGCACAGUCCCGGCAGCAGCACAGUCCCGGCAGCAGCACAGUCCCGGCAGCAGCACAGUCCCGGCGGCUGGUGCCAGUGGAGGCAGAUGGCUGCAGCUGCUGUCUCAAGGCGGGAUUCUCCUUCGUGUUGCUCUCAGAGAUUCCCAGGACCUGUCUCUUUGCAGCCCUGCAGUAAGGAGCCCUUCUCCCCCAGUGUCUCCAGCUGCAAACUGGGAGCAGGCUGUGCGCGUUUGGACCAAGCCUGUGGCCGAAGAGCCAGGGCCCCUUAAGGCUGGAAGCGACUCAGACCUCCAGCCCCCUGCUCUUUCUCGGUCUGAGUCCCCCCCCUGCCCGAACCCCCAGACCCCAGCACGGUUGCACAGGCGACAGGGGCGAUCGCGGUCCCCGAUGCAGAGCUCUACGCUGUACGCGGUGGUGGAGGAGGUGGAGGAGGAGGAGGUGGAGGAAGUCGUCAUGGGUUUCAGUGCGUCACUUCACGUCAACGCGGAAGUGGUCGUCAUCUUUCAGAGCAGUGGUUGUGAGUUGGAAGCGGAGGAGAGCUGCCUUCACGUCUUUUCCCGUCGGCAGCUGCAGGUUUCUCAGGUUUUGGUGAAGAUGUCGUGGAUAAAAGAGGGGGAGUUGAAUGUCCUUGAAAGGAUUGCUGCUAAUAUCCUAAAGGCAGGGCCCAUGCCUAAACACGUCGCCUUCAUCAUGGACGGGAACCGGCGUUUUGCACGAAAGAAAAAUGUGGAUCGUCAAGAAGGACACACGCAAGGAUUCAACAAACUGGCAGAGACCCUUCGAUGGUGCAAACAUUUGGACAUUCAGGAGGUCACCGUCUACGCCUUCAGCAUCGAGAACUUUAAACGCACCCAGGACGAGGUCGACGGACUGAUGGAACUGGCUCGACAAAAGUUUCUCCGAUUACUGGAAGAAAUGGAUAAAAUUAAAAAGCAUGAAGUUUGUAUUCGAGUCCUGGGGGAUUUGGACAUGCUUCCUCUUGAUCUUCAACAAAUCAUUGCCAAAGCUGUCGUAGCAACAAAACAUCACAAAAAAUGUUUUCUAAACGUGUGUUUCGCCUACACGUCGAGAUACGAGAUCACAAACGCAGUCCGAGAAAUGGCCUGGGGAGUGGAGAGCGGCCUGAUCAGAGCCAGUGACAUCUCAGAGUUACUGCUCAGCGAGUGCCUCUAUAGCAACAAUUCUCCCAACCCCGAUCUGCUCAUUCGCACGUCCGGAGAAGUGCGGCUCAGUGACUUCCUCCUUUGGCAGACGUCUCACUCGUGUGUGGUGUUCCAGUCGGUGCUUUGGCCUGAAUACACGUUUUGGAAUUUGUGUGAAGCCAUUAUCCAGUAUCAGCUCAGCCACAAAUCUAUCCAGAAAGCCAGAGAGCUGCAGCAGCAGCAGCAGGAGCGGGUGCAGCUGGAGGCAGACCGGGCCUGUGUGAGCGAGCUGCACCAGGGCAACGGAAAACCCUCGGACGCCCAACGCCAGCAGGAGGCGCUACAGCAGUACACGGCCUGCAGAGAGGAGCGCGUCCAGGACUUCCUACACGAACUCAAGCACAAGAGAAACCUGUUUUUUACCGACUUAACUCAAAUGGUCUCUACCUAA